AUAAGCACUUGAGAAUUGAAGGAAACCUAAACAAAUAAGAUUAAAUAAAUAAACUCAAAAUUAAUCAAAUUUGUUAGGAAAGAAAUGGUAAAGAAUUAUAUCGUUUCCAAUGUACUUAAAGAAUAACAUUAUUCAAAAAGUAUUAUCAAACCAAAAUGACUGGUGGAGGAAAUACAGCUCAAGGAGUUUAUACUCCUUUGCCACAAACAAUUAGUGAUACAGAAUCCGAAGAGGAUAUCCAUACAACAAUUCAAAUAACGAAGUUACCUGCCAAUCCACACAACCAUUUAAACGGUGGUAAAGAAACAAUGCGUAAUUAUUAUCCUUUAGAUGAAGGAGAUAAUGGUUUUCCAAAUAUUCAUUUACAAGACGAUGUUCCUAUAAUUAAGGAUGGAGGAAAAACAACCAAUCGUAUGUCCCCAUUACGUCAAUUUCUGUUUGUAUCUUCAAUUUUGUUAUGCUUUCUUACCAUAUUUAUAUUUGUUUGGGUUUUACCUUGUGAUGAAGAUUUAACUUGUCCAUCUGUAAUUCGUAAUGAAUACACGUCCAAUUGGGAACAAACAUAUCAUGGAAUUGAACUUAAAAACGUGAUAUCUGUUGUUUCCGGGGUUAGUGGACGUAGUCGAAAUUUAGUAUUUUUAUUCCGUGAUGAUAUUAGAAAUAUAGAUCAAAAAAAUACAGACCGACGCGGUGGUCUUGUUUCUAUAGUAGGUAGCUCUGGUAAAGUAGCUUGGUUUACAAAUUUAAAUCGUGUUCCUACCGACAUCGAUUGCAAUCUUAUCGAUAUUGAUAAUAAUGGAGAAAAUGACUGUAUAAUUAUUGGUGAAAAUGGGUUAAUGGAGGCUGUAAAUCCAAUUACAGGUACAGUUACGUGGCAUUUACAUUCGUCGACAAAUGGAUCUCUGUAUUUUACGAGUGUCGAUUUUCCAUUAGUUUUGCCUGACAUAGAUAACGAUGGAGUGUUUGAUUUAGUUACAUCUAGUUCCCUAAAUAAAAAGAAUCAUAAUAAUUUAAUUCUAAUAUCCGGUAAAACGGGAAAUUUAAUAGGAGAACCAUUAACUGUUGCCGAAUGUAAAACAAUUCAUGAAAUUGCUAUCGAUAAAGAUCGUUUACUAUCGUAUACAUGUGAAAAUAUUACUUUCAAAUUAUCUGCUAUUAGUUUGGAGCAAUUGUAUCGUAAAAUAACCAAAAAGAAUUUAAUAUCUCCAAAAAUUGAUCCCUCCAAACAACAUACAAAUCAAAGAAAUGUUUAUUCAAUCCACAAUCGAAAAUUAAUAGUUAAAAAUGAAGGUCAAUGUCCUGGAAAUUGUAACGUAACUGUUCAAUUAAUUGAUUUACAAUCGGGUAAAGAAAAUCUAACAUGGUCCCAUACUGGUACGAAUAUGUAUGGUAUGGUGCCAGCGACAUUAGUAUUCAACGACACUGAUGCAAAUCGCGAAGCAUUAAAAGGCCAUAUAAGCGGAUUUAUUUUAAAAUUUUGGCAAUGGAAUGAACCGGGAAAAUAUAAAAAUGAAAAAUUAUCGGUUACAAAUCAUAGUCGUAAAUUGAAUAAAAACGUUUUAGAUGAUUUUAUAAUUUCAAAACGCAAUUCGUACAGCAGCUCGAAUAUUCGUACUAAACGAAAUAUACCAAAUUUAAAAAAGAAUAACAGCAACAUGUCCGUUUUGUUAUUAACGGAACGAGUUGUGUUAAUUACGUUUAAUUCAACCGAUUUACAUAUUGUGAAUGCUAGUCAAAAUGAAAUUACACAAUUAUGUAAAAAUCAUCGAAUUGUUGAAUGUCAACCGGAUUUAAAUUUUCAAGAAAAUUCAGUACUGAUUGCUGAUUUAGAUCAAGACGGUUCACAAGAGUUAAUCAGUUAUUUAAGUACAUAUGUGGUUGUAGAUCAUAAUGAUAAAGAUUAUAGUGAAACUACUGCAGAUAUUAAAUGGGAAUUACAAUCAAUUGUUAAAGUUGUUCGGCUUGAGGCUGAAUUACCAAAAUUAUAUGAGGCUGUUUCUAAAUAUUAAUAUAUUUUUAGUUGAAUAUAUGCAGAUAUUUUAAUCAAACUUUGUAAAUUCGUUAGGUCUAGAAUUUUUAUACCAUUUUUCGAAUGUAUAAGAA